GGAUGAAGGACAAGGAAACAGAGUGGAAGGUGCUUUUCAAGAGUCUGCGCUUUAGAAUUUACAUCAUCCUUCCAAAUUCUAGCUGCGUUUCCGGGAACCGAGUUGUGUUUUCCUUGGCUUCCGACUACGUCGGCAACAGGUUUCCUACAAGGAGCAGGUGCGGCUCCACACCCUCAUCCCUCCUGCCCACCCCUGGCUUCCAGUAGCCGUUUCCCAGCUCCGGUGGCUUCCCAGAUUCAGCGCGGGGUAAUGGCCCUUUAAACGUCACCUGCGGAGGCGUACGGAGCUAAAACCGACGUGGAACCGGAGUGUGACCGGUGUCCGACACGUGGUACAAGGCGGCGCUCAUCUUGGAACUGGGCAAAGGCUGGUGUGAGAAGAGCCUGCCUGUGGGAGUGGCCACUCCUUAUUGCUGAGACCUUAGGACUGCUGCCCAGCGUGGCUGUUAGCUGAGCAGGCGGCGGAGCGGGGCCCCUGGCUGGUCAGCAUGUGGGCCUUCCCGGAGUUGCCGCUACCGCUGCUGGUGAACUUGAUCGGCUCGCUGCUGGGAUUUGUGGCCACACUCACCCUCAUCCCGGCCUUCCGUGGCCACUUCAUCGCCGCGCGCCUCUGUGGUGAGGACCUCAACAAAUCCGGCCGGCAGCAGAUCCCAGAGUCCCAGGGAGUGAUCAGCGGUGCUGUUUUCCUUAUCAUCCUCUUCUGCUUCAUCCCUUUCCCCUUCCUGAACUGCUUUGUGAAGGAGCAGUGCAAAGCAUUCCCUCACCAUGAAUUUGUGGCCCUGAUAGGUGCCCUCCUUGCCAUCUGCUGCAUGAUUUUCCUGGGCUUUGCGGAUGAUGUACUGAAUCUGCGCUGGCGCCAUAAGCUGCUGCUGCCCACAGCUGCCUCACUACCUCUCCUCAUGGUCUAUUUCACCAACUUUGGCAAUACAACCAUUGUGGUACCCAAGCCCUUCCGCCCGAUUCUUGGCCUGCAUCUGGACUUGGGAAUCCUGUACUAUGUCUACAUGGGGCUGCUGGCAGUGUUCUGUACCAAUGCCAUCAAUAUCCUCGCAGGAAUUAAUGGCCUAGAGGCUGGCCAGUCACUAGUCAUUUCUGCUUCCAUCAUUGUCUUCAACCUGGUGGAGCUGGAAGGUGAUUAUCGGGAUGAUCAUAUUUUUUCCCUCUACUUCAUGAUACCCUUUUUUUUCACCACUUUGGGAUUGCUCUACCAUAACUGGUACCCAUCACGGGUGUUUGUGGGAGAUACCUUCUGUUACUUUGCUGGCAUGACCUUUGCCGUGGUGGGCAUCUUGGGACACUUCAGCAAGACCAUGCUACUCUUCUUCAUGCCCCAGGUGUUCAACUUCCUCUACUCACUGCCUCAGCUCCUGCAUAUCAUCCCCUGCCCUCGCCACCGUGUGCCCAGACUCAAUAUCAAGACAGGCAAACUGGAGAUGAGCUAUUCCAAGUUCAAGACCAAGAGCCUCUCUUUUUUGGGCACCUUUAUUCUAAAGGUAGCAGAGAGCCUCCGGCUAGUGACAGUGCACCAGAGUGAGAAUGAGGACGGUGAAUUCACCGAGUGUAACAACAUGACCCUCAUCAACUUGCUACUUAAAGUCUUUGGGCCCAUACAUGAGAGAAACCUCACAUUGCUCCUGCUGCUGCUGCAGGUGAGGUUGGGGAUAGGGUUUACACUUUCUUGUCUCCUUUUCUUCAUGGUUCUUACUCCAGUCCAUUUCUCCUUGCAGAUUCUAGGCAGUGCUGUCACCUUCUCCAUUCGAUACCAGCUUGUCCGACUCUUCUAUGAUGUCUGAGUCCCCUGAUCAUUACCCUUACCUCAGUCUCCAGGGUUCCUCUCUUUGUACCAAGACUGCCGCCUCCUGGCCCAGGCCUCUCCUGCUCUUCAUAUUCCACCAGAUUUCAUUCUCAGCAUUUUCCUUCCCUUGUGAUUAUUGACAUUCUGGGCCUUUGUUGCCCUCUAUUGACUACUGAUUGAAUUUUGCCUAUGGCUUUCUCCAACUUGCCACUCUCUCCCUUUCCGUCCCAUCUUUGCAGCCUCAUAAGAUGGGAUACAGCAGCUUUUAUGUAGUUAUCCACAACUCAAAUUUCAGAGCCCUGACUCUCAAGGAAUAUGCUGGGCCUUGGGGUAGAACCUGGGCUAGGGGUAGGGACAUCAGGCUUCAAAGUGACUUGACAUUUGACUAUAAAUGAAGUGUUCUGAUUAGUAAGAGCAGACUAGGGGGCCAGGUGCUCCCAAUGGUGACAAUAAAGUGUUGUCUUUUUCUUA